AUGGCUUGGACAAUGCUGGGAAACGGCAUCAGAUCCAGCAUCCUCUCUCUCUGGCUGUAUUUUAUCCUCAAUAUGCUCGUUACGUUCACAAAUAAGCAAAUCGUGUCCCGGACAGCAUGCCCCUGGCUCCUCACUGGCUCCCACGCGUUCACUACGUUCCUAACCACGGGGGUUAUUUCGCGCCUCCAGAGACCAGGACUCAUCUCGACGACAACAGGCACGUCUACGGUUAACCGACAUUGCUUGGCCGACGAUAGACGUCUCGAUGAAGACGACGAUGAUGACGGGACCGCACACAACUACCGGGAUCGGGAUUGGACCAGACCCAGUCUCCGCAUUCACCUACGGAUCCUUCUUCCUUUCUCUCUCCUUUACACAUUGAACAUCGCCCUGUCGAAUUUGGCCUUGGGGUUGGUGACGUUGACGAUGCACCAAACCAUCCGCGCCACGGCUCCGGUCAUCACGGUCCUAAUAUCAAUUGCAUGGCUUGGAAGAUCCUGGAGAGAAUAUCAUGUCGGAGUGUACGGCGCGAUCGGUCUGACGAUAUGCGGCGUGAUCAUUGCCACCAACGCCGCAUCCUCUCCCGCAAUCGGCGGCAGAAGUCUGGUCGGUGGUCCAACGAGGACAACCGCGUUCGGGUUCACAGUGACAUUGCUCGGCGCCUUCUUGGCCGUGCUGAAAACGAUCUUCACUAACGAGUUGCAGCGGCCGCCUCACGCAAGUCGCUGGGGGGUCGGCCUGCCCUCGACAAGGCUCGUGCAGUACCUUGCGCUCUACGCCGUGAAUCAGACAGUGCUGGUCGCAAGCUGGACCGGCGAAAUCAAGGGGUUGACCUCCAACUUGGCCCAAGGGUCGCCCAGCCCAAGACUAGAGCUCGGGGGAGGGUUGCUUCGGAUCAGCCUGCCGUGGCCGUGGCUGUGGCUGUUCAACGCCCUUGCCGCCUCGAUGCUGAACCUCGCGUCCUUCGACGCGAACAAGCGAUGCGGACCACUGAGCAUGGCCAUCGCCGCGAACAUGAAACAGGUGGUCAUUCUGGUCCUUCUCGUACGCUUCCGCGAUUUCACGAAGGUAAGCGGGGAAGAGACGCAAGAGACCGAACGACGUGCAGAGGAUAUCGUGAUUCUCGGUUCCCUGAUCACGACGAUCGGAGGUGUCUGGUAUGCAUUUGCCAGUUUGGGGGCGAAAAAAGUGGCAGAAACGCCAGUUUGGUGGGAGAAGACUCGGGUUCUGACGAAACGAGGCUGGAAGGGAUAG